AUGUAUAAGAGAAUCUCAUCUCUUUCCCGUCACCGUUUUCUUCAUUCAUCAUCACAGUCUUUACCCAAAACGCAGCCAUCGUUUUUCCCUUACACGGAGGAAGUUAUUGCGUCCCAUCUCGCGCCGCUAUUACAGCAAAAGGGCCCUCGUUCUCCCUUCAUCCUCCGUCAAACACAGCAAAUCCACGCGCAGAUCACCGUUAAUGGGCUCCACAAAAUGGGCAUUUUGGGCACAAGGGUUUUGGGCAUGUACAUACUCUGCAACAGCUACUUCGAUGCCAAGAUAUUGUUUUCUCAGCUUCAGUUGUCCUACGCCGCCCCUUGGAAUUGGAUGAUUCGAGGGUUCACCACCACGGGCUAUCACGAGCAGGCGAUUUUGUUCUACUUCAAGAUGCUCGUAUUCGGCACGAGCCCCGAUAAAUACACGUUCCCGUACCUAAUCAAGGCUUGUGGCGGUCUACGCGCCGUUGAUGUAGUGAAACACGUGCACUGUAUGGUUAUGGAUUUGGGUUUUGAGCAGGAUGUGUAUGUGGGCAGUGCUUUGGUCAAAUUCUAUGCCGAGAAUGACUGUUUGGAACGUGCGAGGCAAGUGUUUGAUAAAUUGCCUCAAAGAGAUAUCGUUUUGUGGAAUGUGAUGCUUCACAGUUACUUAAAGUCUGAAACUUUAGCAGAUAACGUGAUUGUUCUGUUCAAAGAUAUGAGGAAAACUGAAGUUUUGCCUAAUUAUGUGACCUACACUUAUGUUCUGUGCUUAUGUGGUUCGAAAUCGAUAGCUAAGCUCGGAACUCAGGUUCAUGGUUUAGUCGUGAAGUGCGGUUUGGACACAGAUUCUUCAGUAGUCAACACGUUGCUCUCGAUGUAUUCGAAAUGUCGUUGCUUGUUCGAUGCUCGAAAGCUGUUUGACUCUGUUGACCAACCGAAUCUCGUCACCUUUAAUGGGAUGAUCGGAGGAUACGUUCAGAAUGGGCUAAUGACCGAAGCUCUCGAUUUGUUCCGUUUAAUGUUAUCCUCAAACGCGAAGCCCGAUUCAGUAACUUUCGCGAGUUUGCUCCCAUUAGUUCCCGAGCUGGGCCUUCUCGAUCAUGGAAAGGAAUUCCACUGUUACAUCAUCAGACACGAAAUAUCGUUCGAUUUAUUUUUAAAGAAUGCUCUCGUCGACAUGUACUUCAAAUGCAAGCACGCGAAAAUGGCUUGCAGAGUCUUCGAAUGGAGCCCGGAUUCGGACAUCGUUGUUUGCACGGCCAUGAUCUCCGGGCUCGUCCUCAACGGGAUGAAUUUCGAGGCUCUCGAAAUUUUCCGAUUUUCGCUCGACCAAAAAAUGAGACCCAAUGCCGUAACAUUCGCUAGCGUUCUACCCGCCUGCACGGGCCUGGCCCGUUUAAAACUCGGCAAGGAGCUUCACGGAAGCAUAACUCGAAAAGGGCUUGAAGGAAAAUGCUACGUGGGGAGCGCGCUAGCCGACAUGUACGCGAAAUGCGGGGAAUUAGACCUCGCCCGUAAAGUGUUUGACAGAAUGCCCGAACGAGACUCCGUUUGUUGGAACUCGAUGAUCGCGAGCCUCAGCCGGAACGGGGAGCCGGAGGCCGCCGUCGACCUUUUCCGGCAAAUGGGCUCCGAUUACGACCCGGUCAGCAUAUCAUCCGCCUUGUCAGCAUGCGCUGACCUGUCGGCCCUCGCCCACUCGCGAGAAAUCCACGGCUUCAUGACGAGAAACGGGCUCGAUUAUGACAUCAUCGCGUGUAGCGCGCUAAUCGACUCGUACGCUAAAUGCGGCGACUUGAGGUCGGCCCGACUUGUUUUCGACAAAAUGGGGCCCAUGAACGAGGUCUCGUGGAACAGCAUUAUCGCGGCCUACGGAAGCCACGGCGAACUAGACGAGUGCCUUUCGCUCUUUCGACAAAUGGAGACCGAAAAUUUAUUCGAACCUGAUCACGUGACUUUUCUCACCGUGAUAUCCGCGUGUAGCCAUGCGGGCCGAGUCGAAGAAGGAAAACUGCAGUUCGAACGAAUGGGCCGAGACUAUGGGAUUAAGCCCAAGAUGGAGCAUUAUGCUAGUUUAAUCGAUUUGUACGGCCGUGCGGGCCGUUUGGAAGAUGCGUGUUGUGUGAUUGAAAAAAUGCCUUUCGAGCCGGAUGCUGGAGUUUGGGGGACAUUGUUGGGAGCUUGUCGAAUGCAUGGCAAUGUGGAGCUAGCCGAGAAGGCUUCUAAGCAUUUGUCUCGUUUGGACCCUCAAAAUUCGGGUUACUACGUUUUGUUGUCGAAUUUGCAAGGGGAAUUCGGGACGUGGGCUCGGGUUGAUGAGAUUCGGGGUGUGAUGAAGGAAAAUCGGGUGAAGAAAAUACCGGGCUAUAGCUGGGUUGAGGUGGAUAAGGGGUAUCAUGUGUUUGGGGCUGGGGAUAAAAGUCAUCCACAGACAAGUAGGAUUUAUGAGAUGUUGAGUAGUCUUCUUGUGGAGCUUCAAGAUGAAGGUUGCAAUUCGCCGUUCAAUCGCCGGUUUUCAGUACCGUGGAGGCCCAUUACCGUCGCCGACCCAAGGAGGAAAAAUCUAAACAGAAUUACGGCGAGAAGCUCUUCAAGUGAUGGGGGCGGAUUUGUUCUCGAUAAAGAUUUUGAAUUUAAGCCUUCGUUUGAUGAGUAUUUGAAGGCUAUGGAGUCUAUCAAGACUGACAGAGAUAACAACAGUAGCUCUAAUGAUCAGAGUAGUAGUAAGAGUCCGAGGAAAAAGAAGGAUGCGAAGAAUUUUGCUCGAGAAGAAGGUAAGGUCAGUAGUGAUGAGGCGACUGUUGCUCGAGAAAAGCCGAGAAAGGAUGAAGCUAGCAAGAAAAGUGCAUUAGCUAAAGUGGGCUCGAGAAACGUUGCUUUGCGCGUGUCGGAAAAUGUCAGCAAGAAGCCGGUUAGAAAUCUCAAGAACUAUGCUGGAAAGAACUCGAAUUUUGAAAGAGAUGCAUUCAAGACAUUGAAGGAUGAUGAUGAUGCCAUGGAUGAGCCAAGAGUUGGACGGGUCGACAUGGAGGGGAGGAUUCAGAAGCUUGCCAAUCUGAAUGGUGCAGACAUUGAUAUUCCUGCAUGGCAGUUUUCAAAAAUGAUGAUGAGUGCUCGAAUAAAAUUUUCGGAUCACUCUAUUUUGAGAGUUGUCCAGAUAUUGGGUAACUUGGGAAACUGGAAACGGGUGCUCCAAGUCAUAGAGUGGAUCCGAGCACGUGAGCGCUUCAAAUCCAACAGGAUAAGCUCAUUUUACACCAGUAAAAUCAAAUUGAAGAUUUAUCAAGAGCAAAUGGCUUCGUACCCCGAUAUUGUGGCCUAUCGUUGUAUUGCUGUCACUCUUGGACAAGCUGGUCACAUGAAGGAACUGUUUGACGUAAUUGAUACCAUGAGGUCUCCUCCCAAAAAGAAAUUUAAAUCAAACCUUAUCGAGAAGUGGGACCCACGAUUGGAGCCGGAUGCAGUUGUCUAUAAUGCUGUUCUUAAUGCUUGUGUUCGGCGUGAAAAAUGGGAAGGUGCUUUCUGGGUUUUGCAGCAGCUAAGUGAACAGGGUAAACAACCUUCAAGCACAACAUACGGACUAGUUAUGGAGGUGAUGUUAGCAUGUGGCAAGUAUGACUUGGUUCAUGACUUUUUCAAGAAGAUACAGAAAUCAUACAUACCAAAUGCAUUGAUAUAUAAAGUUGUCGUGAACACCUUUUGGCGGGAAGGAAAAAUAAAUGAGGCAAUAAUGGCUGUUGAAGAAAUGGAGAGAAGAGGAAUAGUUGGUAAUGCCGCUCUCUAUUAUGACCUUGCCCGCUGCCUUUGUAGUGCAGGAAGAUGCCACGAGGCAUUAAGACAGAUUGACAAGAUAUGCAAAGUUGCAAACAAACCCCUCGUCGUAACUUACACCGGCUUAAUCCAAGCGUGUUUGGAAGCCGGCGAAGUAAAAAACGGGGCAUAUAUCUUUGAUCACAUGCAGAAGUUCUGUUCACCUAAUGUAGUGACAUGCAAUAUAAUGCUGAAGGCUUUUCUUGAUCACAAGAUGUUUGAAGAAGCCAAACAGUUGUUCCUAAAGUUAGUGGAAAACAGUAAAUUAAUCAAUCGCAAAGAAGAUUAUAAAGCUCGGGUUAUACCUGAUAUCUACACGUUCAACACGAUGUUAGAUGCGUGUGGUGAGGAGAAAAGGUGGGACGAUGUUGAGUUUGUGUAUACGCAAAUGCUGAAAUUCGGACAUCAUUUCAAUGCAAAACGCCAUCUUCAGUUGGUGUUGAAUGCUCGCCAUGUUGGAAAGGGUGACUCAGCAUCUGCCCUCUCCAUUAUCACCAACUUUGCUUCGACCGAGUCACAAGUGUAUUCAAGAAAAACUUGGUCGAAAUUUUUGGCCGAAAAUGCCACCAGGCUUAAUGAGAGUACCCUCCGCGAGCUCGUGCAUAAAGGGCAUCUUCAUUUGGCGGUCUACAUGAGUUGUAUAACUUGGAUUAUGGUUCAAUAA